AUGUCUGCAGACCUGUUUGCAGAAUUUGGAUCAGAAUCCAACUCGAAUCAACAACCGCAACAGUCGGUCCAAGCAGCGAGCAGACCAGGUAUUCAACAAGCAUCCUCUUUCGCUUUCUUUGAUGGCUGGAGCGCCACAGGAGCCACAGGUCCCGCAUCCCAACAGCCAUCACCGUCGUCCUUGGCCAACACCUGGAAUCUUGAUCCGUCACCGCCGCCGAAGGUAGUUGAAGAUGAUAACGAUGAAUGGGGCGAUUUUGAAGGCGUUUCAUCUUCUGGGCCUACCGGUACUGCUCCUGUACAAGUAGAUCCAUUCGCACCUGUUACCUCUCAAGCCGGACCGACUGCACAAGGCUCUUGGAAAACCGCACCAGUUACGGCUGUAGUUCCCAGUUUCGAUCAAGGAUUUCAAGCAGAUCAAUCUUCAAGGCAAAGAGCUCCGAUUGUGAAAGCGAAAAGGUCUACGGAUCCGAGCGUGCUCUUUGAUGCGGAAGACGGCUUUGACGAUGACGAGUUUGGAGAGUUUGAGGGAACAGAGGAUACGAAGACUGUGAAUAACAAAUCUGCAUCUACAGCGGCGCCAUCGGCGCUGAUUGAUCUCUUGGGUGACAUGAGUGUAUCACAACCUACAACCUCUCUCGCCGACCCAAGUCAGGAGAACCAUGCACAGAAACGGUUGGGAGGUUCCUUUACAGCAAAGCAGAGUUCUCCAUCUAUAUCUGGUUUGACUAUCAGACAGCAGAAGCCUGCCGUGGUGGCUGCCUCAAAGAAAGAGGAAGACGAUGCGGGCUGGGAUACAUUUGAUGAUUGGGAGCAGUCUAUUCCUGGCACAGCGACAACGAGAGAGUCAAGCAAAUCGAAAGCUGUGAGCAAGGCUCGUAUUGGAUUAGAGGCUGCAACACCUACACCCAUUUUACCUCCAACAGCCAAUGAUCCUCAACCAGGCGAGUUGCCACCUACCAAUAUACCACCUCCCGGCGUUCUACUCUCACUUUUCCCCUCCUUGUUCAAUGACGCCCAGGAGAAGUUAUUCAAGCCAAUGGCUGCGCAAACGCUACCCAUGAGGAAUAAGCUCAUGGCUGCACCGGCGACGACUGCCUACCUGGCAGGAUAUCUUGCACUUGGGAAUGUUGCCGCACACAUCAUAGCCGGACGUAAGCUGCGAUGGAAGCGAGACCAGCAUUUGUCACAGGGCAUGAAGAUUGGGCCAGCUUCCUCUCGAGCUACCUCGGGCAUGAAACUGAGUGGGAUUGAUAAAGGAGAGAACUUGAAGGAAGAGAGGGAAGUGUCUGAUGUGGUACGAGUGUGGAAAGAGCAAGUUGGGCGGCUCCGUCAUGUUGUGGCUGGCGCGAACCAGAUCAAGGCUGGCACGCUCGGCUCAGUUCCUGAUCUUCAGGGAGUCAUGCCAGUGAAGGCGUUGAAGCAAUGGGAAGGAGGGAUUCCAGCGCGACAACCGUGUAUGCUGUGUGGUCUGAAGAGGGAAGAGAGGGUGACGGCAGCAGAUUUGGCUACAGAUGACAGUUUUGGCGAAUGGUGGAUUGAUCAAGUCAACAUGCAUCGAGGUGAGUUUAGGUGGUGGAGGAUGAGAAGAAUGGCAGGCAUUGACAUUGGCUUAGGUUGCAGGAACUUUUGGAACGAGCACAAAGACCGGCUGAGACAGCGUUGA